CCACAAAAACACAAUCUAACAUGUCCGUUGGGUUUUAGCGUCCCUUGUUUUUCCCAUCCCAUUGUUUAUAAAUUAAAACCCAAGGUUGAUCACUCAAGACGUGUUCAUCAAGUAGUCAAGGGCCUAUUAGUUAUAAUGACACAUUAAAUUAGACAUUGACUGACCUAAAGGGUCCAACGAUGGCAAACACUGAAUUAUGCCGGCUGUGUGCGGAAUCCAAAAGCAAAGUCAUCGGUAUUUAUGAUCCUGAGGGGCUCAGACUAGCGCUUGAAGAGAAAAUUAUCAAGUUUCUUCAUCUACAGGUCAUCACAUCUGACAAUCUCCCCCUCUCCAUCUGCAUCGACUGUUACGACCUCUUGAAUCAAUGCACCCUCUUCUACGAGAGGACCCACCAGGCGCAGAUCUCUCUUCGCCAGCUCCUAAUCGACAUCAAGCCCCUGCCCGACACCUCUAGCCCGGACAUCGAUCAUGUGGAAAAGAUAAUCGAGUGUUCGAACAAAACGGAGGACGAAAUCACCGACCUCGGUGACGACUACAUCCCAGGGGAGGAGUUAGACCCGAACUACCUAACUGACAACGAGCAGAACGGCCUUCCCGAAGUUGACCAUAAAUACACUCCCCUGGUGCCAGCGGAGAAAAUGGACUCUCCAAAAGAAAAAAAAAUCUCACUCAAGCAAAGCAUCAAACAGGUCAGGAGGCGAGUGAAGAAGCCAUCCAGCCCAAUCCCCUCAGGCUCUGAAACCGAAGACAUGAGGAUCCCUGACAACUAUAUGACUGGAACCGAAUCUGACAGAGAGAUGAUUGACUCGAGAAUAGACGACUACCCAAAAGCAAAGACACGAGGCAGAACACUGGAUAGAUACCCUUGGUUAUGCACAGACUGUAAUGAUAAAUUAGCCUCGUUGGAGUCCCUGGAGCAGCACCACAGGGUAAUUCAUAAUCAGGAGGCCAAGUACAUGUGCGUCCAGUGUUGCAAGAUCUUUGAUAAAUACCAGGCGUUCUUGAGUCACGUGAGGAGGCAUAAAAAUAAAUCAAAAUUCACCUGCCAAGAUUGCGGCAAAACUUUUGUUCAUAAAAAGGUACUAGAGUCCCACAGAGCAAUUCACAGUGACGAGAGGCCGCACAUCUGCCAGACGUGCGGCAAGAGCUUUCGACAGCAGAGUGCGCUCUACAUUCAUGGUCGAUGUCAUCUCCCCGAGAACAUGAAAAACCGAUUUCCUUGCGAUCAAUGCGGCAAGAGAUUCUCGACUAAACCAAAUCUCGUCACUCACAAGAGGAUUCAUUCUGGUGUGAGGAACUUCACGUGUGAUCAGUGUGGGAAGAGCUUUAUUCAGAAGGGAAAUCUCGAAGCACAUUUCCUGACCCAUUCUGCUGAUAAACCUUACAACUGCUCGCAGUGUUCGAAGGCCUUUAAGACUCCUCUUCAACUGAAGAAACAUGAAACUGUUCAUACUGGAGAUAAACCGCAUCAGUGCGCUGUCUGUGGUAGGACUUUUAGGGAGAAGGGUACCCUCAGGGAACAUCAUAGGAUACACACUGGAGCUAUGCCAUUCACCUGUGAAUUCUGUGGAAAGUCAUUCAGAUUCAAGGGGAUACUCACCACUCACAGAAGACAGCAUACUGGAGAGAGACCCUACAGCUGUCUCGAAUGCCAGCAUCAUUUCACUAAUUGGCCGAAUUAUAAUAAACAUAUGAAGAGGAGGCAUGGAAUUAAUACUUCCCAUACGAAACGUAUGGGGCACAGUCAGACGCAGGAACAAAGACUGGAGCAGGAGGUGGGUGGGACACAGGGCACUGAGGGAGCAUCCAAUAUUGAGGUGACAGAAAUAAUCGCUGAGAACUCCACUCAGUCGAUAAUCCUCGAGGCUGUCCCUGUUACGACUGAAGAAACGUUUCAGACUGAAACACCGGCAGCAAUACAGACUGGCACAUUUUUUCGUGAUAAAAAUGCUACUUAUUUCAAUGCAGUACCAGUCGCGAUACAAAAUUUUCUAACGCCGAAUGUACCUUAUAAUUUCUACGCUGUUCCCAAUGUCAGUGAGAAUGAAUCAAUUCUACCAAAAUAGAGAAUUUAAUAGCUCAUGGGAAUUAGAAUGUUAUUCGACAAUUUGGAUCAUUUGACUUUGCAAUUGUGACGCAAAUAAAAUAAUGAGUACUAAUGUAACUAUCAAAAACUAGUACGAUGAUCACAAUUAUCGGAAGUAAUGUGACAGCGUCAGAUCUUCCUGAAUUUGUUUUUGAUGAAUUUUCAAUGAAUGAGAAACUUAUGAAACAUAAGCUCGUAUAAUUAUAAAUAUUGAGUGGUAAGCAUGGUUUACCACAUGUAUAAAAUUCUAAUUUGUUCAUUCUGGUAAGAACAAAAUACAUUUUUAUUUCUAAAUGGAGGUAUUAUAAUCGUUCAAAUGUAAGUUUUCUAUGUUUUUGUUAUAUGUGCACCUGAAAAAAUUUCCCGAAUUCAAUGGACAAUGGCUUGAAAAUUUGUUUCUUUUUCAGCUCUGCUUGUUUUCUUUUUGAGAAAAAAAUUAUGUCUAUCAAAAAUA